CGGUGUAUCCUGCUAUGCUCGACUGUCGGCGGGUUCACCCACGCCGCCCCGGUCCUCGAGCUCGGCGCUGUACUCGCAGCCCGCGGCCACGAAGUCCACUUCGGAACCAACUCCGGCCAGGAGCACUGGGAGUCAGACUAUCCAUCCAUCACCCGCGUCCACAGCUUCGGUCCAGCCAUGCCAAAUGCCGACGCCGAAGCGCACUACGCGCACAUGAUACAGUGGCGGCUCAGCGACAGCCCGGACACUUGGUUCCAUUUACGCGAACUCAUGCUCGACACAGAAAUCAAGCCUGACAUGAUUAUCGCAGACUUUUUUGUCGAGGCCGCGGCCAAGGAUAUGAUGAUUGAGUUUGGCGUCCCCAUUGCCGUCAUGUGGCCGCAGAUGCCGUAUCUCCUGGCGCCUGUGAGCUAUAUUCCCGGCCAGCCGGGCUUCCAGGUCGAUUUCACGCCCACGUCGGAGAAGGCUUCGAUUUGGUUCCGUAUCAGGAAUGAGAUGACCAGCUGGACACGGGAGAUGACGAAACGACAAGUCGUGAAGCAUUCGGUUCCAGUGGCGCCUAAACCGAACCAGCUUGUGUUUGUCAACUCAUUCUUUGGACUUGAGCCGGCCAAAGACUUGCCACCACUUAUGCAAGUGGUUGGGCCGAUCUUGGGGGAUGAGUACCCUCCGCUCGAUGAAAGCUACCGAGCGUUUCUAGAGUCUUAUGAUAAGACGGUGUAUGUCGCUCUAGGCACUCAUAUUGUACUUCCACCAGCAGAGCUCCUGAAGAUACUCACCGGUCUUGUCAUGGCUAUAGAUGCAGGGCAUAUCAACGGCGUCAUAUGGUCCAUUGGGAAGUCAGCAAGGCAGAAUGUCGACAGAUCAGCACAUGUCAAAUCACCCAACGGUGGCAAGCUUCCAGUCGGUGAUAUCAUGGAUGAGAAGCACGCCGAUAUCCGAGUCCCAUCUUUCGCUCCCCAGCGAGGCGGUUCCAGCGCAAAUGAGACCCUAUCUCACGGAACUCCCACUCUGUUUCUGGGCUUCUUCUUCGACCAGCUCGCCAACAGCGCCCGCCUGGUCGAAGCAGGCGUCAGUCUCGCCCUGGACGAGUUUGACUUGACUACCACUGAGAUCUCAGAAAAGAUCGGCCGAAUCGUAUCCGACGUUGACGGAUCCUUUGGCAGGAUCGUUGAGCGUAUGAAGAGGAUAGCGCGCGUAGCAUCCCGGCGUAAGAAACUUGCUGUCGACAUAGUCGAGGAGGUCAUCUUUGAUCACGAGUUGCGCUUGGUAGGCGGAAGAGCGCUGCGACCGAUGCACCUUCAGACGGCAGACAUGCGGAUGCCGGUGCGGAAGGCUAGGAACUGGGAUCUGUGGCUCGUCUCCGUCUCUAUGUUGGCGGUCGGGGGUGCAAUCUACUUCAUGGCCGCGAAGUAUGCUCGGCGAUUCGAUUUAGGCAUCUUUAGAUUUGUCUCGGGUAUCGUGUACGACGUGAAUUGA